AUGCAAUCAGUAUACACACAGUAUCCAAAGGUUUAUUCAAACAUUACAGAUUUUAGUAACUAUGACUAUUGUGAUGAAAGCAGUAGUGGAUCAUCAGAUGAUAAUAGUGACUAUGAAAAAGAAAUGGAAUACUCUUUAGAACAACAAGAUAAAUUAGAAAAAAAAAUAAAUGAUAAAUCCUCUUCAAAGCCUACAUUAAACAAAUCUCUAUUGCAACCAAUAAUAAAAACCAAUUCAAAAUCAAACUUAACCAAUUUGAGAUAUAAUACAAGCAAUGGGAAUUUAUUAAAUAAUAUUAAACCAAUUUUUAUAGAUGUUGACGAAGAACAACAAGAAAAAGAAAAAGAAAAAGAAAAAGAAAAAGAAAAAGAAAAAGAAAAAGAAAAAGAAAAAGAAAAAGAAAAAGAAAAAGAAAAGAAAUCACCAAAAUUAAACAUUUUUGAAAAAGAAGAAAUUUUAAAAAAUAAUAUAAUAGAAAAAGUAGAAAGUCCAGAAUCAGUUUUCGAUAAACUUAAAUUAGACACAUCCCUGGCUGGUAAACUAUAUGAAAUAAUAGUGUGCUAUGAAGAUAGUAUAGAUGGAAUAAUGGAGACUCCCUUUAGAUCAUUCCAAGAUUAUAAAGUACCAUUCCAUAGAAUUCAAAUGUUUAAAUAUAAAAAUCAAAUAAUUUGGAAUAAAAAAGAUAAACUUUAUAACAUUAAUAUAAUUUAUUUAUAA